UCUUCGAUUGUGAUGAUGACUUUAGCCUGGGAGCUUCCAACCCUGCUGCACUGACCGACUGCUCGUCUCCUGCUAAUGGAUUCAUUUGUCUGCACCAGUGUGCUGUAGGCACAGAACGGGGAAUACAAUAGCUCUUAAAAGGCACAGUAUAUUCAUCCCAUCAAAUACAUCUACAUGCCAAAAGGUCUCUUUACUACUCCACCCAAAGUGUAAUGCCAGAAUUGACUGCUAGUCAUGUCAAGAUGAAAGACAAAAAUCUUGUGAUAGAAAAAAUACAAAAUAUAAUAAAUGGUGGGGUUGAAAAGCUCCAAAUAAUUACUGAUUUUGACCGGACGUUGAGUAAACAUCAUCACAAUGGAGUGUUGUCAAUGACCAGUAAUAAUAUUUACAAGUUAAUUCCAACACUACCGAGAGAAUUUAUAACAGGCACAGAACAACUCUAUACCAAAUACAGGGCAAUAGAAGAGAAUCCUCAGAUGUCAUUAGAAGAUAAAUUACCGUUUAUGGAAGACUGGUGGAGAUUGAGUUUCCAAUUGUUUAUCGGUUUGCCAUUUAACCAGGGUGAUAUUAACCAAGCAGUGAGAGAUUCCAAGAUUGUUCUCAGGACAGGCACUGAUUUGGCAUUCAAAAACCUGAACAAAUCCAAAAUACCAGUUCUUGUUUUCUCUGCAGGUCUAGGGAACGUUGUUUCGACAAUACUGAAUGAGUACAAUUUGUCUUUUGAUAAUGUGAAAGUUAUAUCCAACUUUUUCCAAGUUGAAAAUGAGAAAAUUGUUGGUUUACAGGGUGGAUUGAUACAUGUUUUCAACAAAAACCAACACGCCAUUGAAUAUACAACAUAUUUUCAGGACUUAAAAGAUCGAAUUAAUGCAAUCGUGAUGGGCGAUUCUUUAGGAGAUGCGAAUAUGAGCGAUGGGUUGCAAGGAAAUGGAUACAUCCUUAAAAUAGGAUUUCUAAGCUCUCAUAUUGAUGAGUACCUGCCUCAAUAUUUGGAAAAGUUUGACAUAGUUCUACUCGACGAUCAAACGAUGGACUUGUUUAAUGCACUGAUUGAGAAAAUUGUAUCAGCAAGAGGCUUAAAUUAGCAAAGGAUAUUUAAAAAUCACACCUUCCUUUUGAAAUGUUGGCAUCUUAUUCUCAUUAAGGAAAAUAAACGCUACCUAUUAUUUCAGUAAAUUGAGACGGAAUUUUAAUUUCAAUAUUGUCAACUUAUUUUGAUGAUAUUGUUUUAAUACUUGCAUUGAUGUUUUUAAUUAAAUAUUUAUUGAUAACUAAUUUACAUAAUUAUUGCUUUAAUAACAGAUUUUGGAAAUUGUCUGUGAACUUAUUUAUUGUUUUAAAUUAUUUGUUGAAGUUUAUUGGUUAUUAACUUAUUUUGAUGAUGAUGCUUGUUGUUGUAAGCUGUUAAAUUAUAGAAAGUUGAUAUUUAGAAUUCUUUUUAAUCAGCUAUUUACUGCCUUAUAUAAACUUACCUAUUUAUGUUAAAACUGUGUCUACUUAAUGCACUCUUUUUGUAUGCACUUUCUGACCAAGAAAACCCAAGACCUACAAUUUUUAUGG